ACUAGCAAGCUAGAGAGAGAGGGGAAUCUGGGAUUCAAGCCUAAAAGCUUUCUUCCGGUGCUUCAUCCGGUAGCAUCGAAUCAGAGGUCAGUUAGCUGAGAGAAGAAACAGAGAGAGGAAAAACGGGAAUGAGUGGUGGAUUAGAGUUGCCCCCUGGAUUCAGAUUUCACCCAACCGAUGAGGAAUUGGUGAAUCAUUAUCUGUGUAGGAAAUGUGCUUCCCAGUCGAUUGCUGUUCCUGUUAUCAAAGAGAUUGAUUUGUACAAGUUUGAUCCUUGGCAGCUUCCUGAAAUGACGCAAUACGGAGAGAAAGAAUGGUACUUCUUCUCGCCAAGAGACAGAAAAUAUCCAAACGGGUCAAGACCCAACAGGGCAGCCGGAAGUGGGUACUGGAAGGCGACCGGAGCAGACAAGGCCAUCGGAAGGCCUAAGCCUCUCGGAAUCAAGAAGGCCCUCGUUUUCUACGCCGGCAAAGCCCCCAAAGGCAUCAAAACCAAUUGGAUCAUGCACGAAUAUCGCCUCGCCAAUGUUGAUCGCUCUGCUCGCAAGAACAACAACUUGAGGCUUGAUGAUUGGGUACUGUGCCGAAUUUACAACAAAAAAGGUGUGAUUGAGAAAUACAACACCCAGGAUCAGAAAUCGAGCAGGUUUUCCUCAGACGUUGAUGAGCACGAAACUAAACCAGAAAUCAACAUGGUCGCCAAUGACCAAUUGUACAUGGACACGUCGGAAUCGGUGCAGCGGUUGCACACGGACUCCAGCUGCUCCGAGCACGUGGUGUCGCCGGACGUCACGUGCUGUGAGAAGGAGGUCCAGAGCGAGCCCAAGUGGAAUGAGCUGCCGCUGGGAUUGAAAGACGACGCCUUCGAUUUUGAGCUCAAUUACAUGGACAAUAUGAAUAGUAACUUCACGGGAUACGACGCUUUUGUUCCUCAGGGCCAGUACCAAAUGAACCAGCUCUCGCCCCUGCAGGACAUGUUCAUGUACCUUCCGAAACCAUUUUAAAACACACAUUCACCUCAAGGGAAUAUUGGGUCCCACAUAUUAUUAAAUUCGUUGUAGGAAAGGCAUAAUGAAGAGUUAAAAAGGCUAGGAGAAACGAGGAGACAUCUCGUUUCAUAUUGGUUACGGGUCAUGCAGGAUCAGUGUUCAUAUAUGUAAGGGGUCUAGUAGGAAAUUCCGGUUCCGUUGGGAUUCUUAGCAGAAUUUUUUCAUAUGAUCUGUAAUAUAUUAUUUGAUUCUUCAAUUUAAAUCACACAUUGACGUGUUGCAGAAUCUUUAA